GACACAGUGUGUAAAGUGAUGCUGCAUGUGAGAGAAAUAAUGUGUUUUUUGAAAAUUAAAGGAGGUCAACAUAUUUUGCUACGACCCACAAAUAAAAGUAUGAACCUGAAAAUUAGCAUAAAAAGACCUCUUUAAAAUACGGUGGUCCUUUCCACACUCAGAAGGCCCUCUGAGGAAAUGUGAUCGUGAUUUUGGGCUAUAUUUCAAUGUUCAGGAAUACAAAUGUUGAUGUUACAGUAUGAAGUCAAUGUAUUAGCCUAGGUGAAGAUAUUUGCUGAAGUUAGCAUGCUAACCGGCUAGCCCCGGGCUGUCAAAAGCUUCUUUGCUGGCAAUGUGAUCUCUGUUCGGACCGCUAGCUGAAUGGCUCGCUGAGCUAAGUGGCUAAUGGAAGCUACAGUUAUGUGAUUCUCCUGCCUCUGUUAAAAAGCUGAUUAGUCUUAGCUAAAGAAAUUCAUUACUGAACCCCACAUAACUUUCCACAGGUCCCUUGUUUAAGAUAAAAUUAUUUUGGUAACUUUUCCAAAUUGUCUACUUACCCAGGAAGCAAAUAAAAAACACAACUGAGUGUUUUACUGCUGUCCUUGAUGAAUAAAUCCUAAAAUAGUGCUGUGGAAGGAAACUCUUGCCUCGUUCAUUCCUUAAUGGUUCUGAAUCUGACACUGAUUGUCAGACAAAGCUCCUCCUCCAGCUCACACGAGACAAACCAGGAAGCAGAUCAUUUUUCCUCCACCAGGAAGCAACACAGACACACUGAGAGACGGACAAUAAGAAUCUCUCUCUCUACAGACCCACAACAGCCCCUGAGGGAGGAAAGCUUCAGACGGGAAAUACUGGGAAUUUUGCACCUUCAACGCGCUGCCGGCUGUGAGUUUAAGGGCGUGGAGGGGACGACUCCCAGUUUAUUAAGUUCCAGGGAGCCACGAUAGAUGACUUCCUGUUUACCCACUCAGCCUGGUAUGAAAAUGUCUUUCCGUUCAGAGGAGGAUCUGUCCUGUCCUGUGUGCCAGGACAUCUUUAAAGACCCCGUUGUCCUGACGUGCAGCCACAGCUUCUGCAGAGACUGUCUGCAGAGAUGGUGGAGGGGGAAACCUAAACAGGAGUGUCCGGUUUGUAAGAGGAGAUCAUCGAGGAGCGACCCGCCUCGUAACCUGGCGUUAAAGAACCUGUGUGAGAGCUUCGUACAGGAGAGAGAUCAGAGCUUCUGCAGUCUGCACCCUGAGAAACUCUUCUGUCUGGACCAUCAGCAGCCGAUGUGUGUCGCCUGCAGAGAUUCAAAAGCACGUGGAUUCAGACCCAUCCAUGAGUUUGCACAAGAUCACAAAGUGGAGCUGCAGAAGUCCCUGAAGCCCCUCAAAGAGAAACUGAGGGUCUUCGAACAAGUGAAAGAAAACUGCGAUCAGACAGCAAAACACAUCAAGUCUCAGGCCCGACACACAGAGAGGCAGAUUAAAGAGCAGUUUAAGAAGCUUCAUCAGUUCCUAGAAGAGGAAGAGGAGGCCAGGAUCUCUGCUCUGAGGGAGGAAGAGGAGCAGAAGACUCAGAUGAUGAAGGAGAAGACUGAAGCUCUGGGUAAAGACAUAGCAGCUCUGUCAGACACGAUCAGAGCCACAGAGGAGGAGCUGAGAGCUGGAGACGUCUCGUUCCUGCAGAACUACAAGGCUGCAGUGAAGAGAGUCCAGCAGCGCCCCCUGCUGGAGGAUCCACAGCUGGACUCAGGAGCUCUGAUAGACGAGGCCAAACACCUGGGCAACCUGAGCUACAACAUCUGGAACAAGAUGAAGGAGAAGGUCUCCUACACUCCUGUGGUUCUGGACCCAAACUCUGCUCAUCCAGACUUUAUCCUGUCUGCAGAUCUGACCGGUGUGAGACGUGCAGAGAGACAGAAGCUUCCUGAAAACCCAGAGAGGAACGACUACCAUCGCUCAGUCUGGGGUCGUGAAGGCUUCAGCUCAGGGACUCACAGCUGGGACGUCGAAGUCGGACACAAUCCCGCCUGGUUCGUCGGUGCGGCAGCAAAGUCUCUCCACAAGAAGGGACCCAUGAAAUCUGGGUUUUGGCAAAUUGAGUUCUUCAACGGUAAAUACAGCGCACGCUCGUUAGGAUGUCUUCUCGCUGACCUCCCGGUGAAGAAGAAGCUCCAGAGGAUCAGAGUUCGUCUGGACUGGAACAGAGGAAAACUGUCAUUCUUCGAUCCUGAUGCAAACACACACAUAUACACCUUCACACACACCUUCACUGACCAGCUGUUUCCAUGCAUGGGCACUUUGAAUGAACUCUCACUGAAGAUAUCAGAAGGCAAAAUCUACGUAGUGAAAGAAUAACGGACAGAGGUUAGAAACAUUAAUGAGAAAUGCAUGUCUGAAAAACAGCAGCGAUCAGCCACGACAUUAUAAAACACUGACAGGUGAAAUUAAAUUGAUUGUCUUGUUAGAAAACUGUGUUCAUCUGUGAAACUUUUGGUCCUGUUAAAACGUGAAUGUCACUUGACCGGAGAUGAUGCCAACCUGACCUCCCUCGAUCCAAAUCCCAUCAAACAUAACGUGAGAUGCACUGGAACAAGUCUAAUUCCUGGAGGCCCGACAUCAGAACCCACAGGACCCAAAGAAUCCACCUCUAACAUCGAGGUGCCACCAGUUGACGCCAACUUUUUCCCGUAAGCUUACACUGCGAAAGAAGCAGCUGUAACUCGUUUGAGCCGUUCAGUCCAGUAAAAUCUGUAAAAUCAGUUUCUCUCUGAUCACGUUAGUUAGUCGGUCAUCUUGAGUCAACAUGACGUGACACGAAGCAGGAGAUUUGGGUAAAUAUAUUGGCGAGAAGUCAAGCUUCCAGCGCUGUAUCCAGUUUUUAAAGGAGCAAUUUUUAGUUUUUUGGCAAGAAAAAUAUUCAGAAUAGAAAAAGUUUUCUAAGCCUGAAGCACCAAAUUGGCACAAAUAUCAUCCGUACCUGUCAGUUCUUUUAGUGUUCUGGCUGAUCGGUGUAUAAUUCAACAUUAUAAAGAUGUUAUAUUACCAACAGAUGCCUAUUCACACUUUAAUCAAAGCCAUAUAAUAUAUGAAUAACACAUCAUUCCAGCAGAGUCGUGUUUGUUUCCACAAGGUGAAUUUCAGUCCAAUCGUUAUCUCCUUAGAAAAAAUAUGUUUGUUUUUUUUAUCAACAAACACUUGAAAGUAGACUUUACUGUUAACUCUUUAUAAAAGUGAAUAUAAUGCAGUAUGAAUGAAUUGCAGCCGUGUUCUGUAUUUACAGGCUGUUCUUUACGCGUCUGCCUGCUGCAGUCGUAUCAUUCGACCACAUGAUGGCGCCACAAACUGUCUGAUGAUCAUGAAGGUUCAUGAAAAACACAGAAAAAGAAAAGUUACUUUUUUUUUUUUAAUGCCUGAUCUGAGCUCUUAAUUCAAAAUGUGAAUCCAGCUGUUUUUUUCUCUUUUUGAACUGCAUUUUUAAACUGUUUGAUUGUUUAUGAAUUCAAAAAUAUAUUUCAAAUGAUCUUCUUUGACCUCGACUGUUAAAUGUUUGUUUUGUGAAUCCUUUUUUAAUUUGAACUAUUUAUUGAUGGAUUAUGAUUUAAUUUGUAAUUCCUCUUUUUAUUGCCCAU